AUGUCUCUUGACCCGACACUACAACCUCAUACCCAGCACGACACCCAUAUCGACCAAGCAGCCUCGCACUCGACACUCACCUCAGCCCAGCAUGUUUUGGCACACGAUUUUGCACGCUCCAGCGACCGAAGCGGUACUGCUGGAGUCACAGAGUCGCCCAGGAGCGCCCGCGACAAGGGCAAGCAGAGGCAGACGGACACCAUCGAUGACGCUGAUGCAUCGACCAUAGUACGCGUCGUCGACCUCGAAGCCGCCCAAGACGCGCUUAUCGAGGCUGAUGUAGGCACAGACGCGCCUGGCGCUGCAUCUAACACCACCGACGUCUCCGAGCUCGCGCCCGAGCUGCUCAUGCGCAUCUUUGCCUUCCUCGAUCCCAUCUCGCUCUGUCGGUCCGCCGCAGUAUGCCGCGCAUGGGCACUCGUUGCUCGCGAUGACUCCACGUGGAGAGCCGCCUUCGCCACCUACUUUAGCCUUGAAGCUGCCCAGGCUAAUCGCUCCACCUCCUUGGAGGCAUCUGCCACGCCAGCGCUCCGACGCCUCACAGACGCCUCCUGGCGACACGAGUUCCAGCAGCGCGUCGAUCUCCUGCGCAGGUGGCGCAAGUCGCGCACUCCCACCGUGCUCUCCACCCCACGCGUCGACAUCAUCAAGAAGAUCUCGCUCUCCAAACAGCACCGCCUCCUCAUCUCGGCCACCGACACCUACGGCGUCGCUUCGCGCUCCAAUCCAUGGACCGGCAAAGUGACAAAAGGCUACCUCGACGCCGAAGGCACCGCCAACGGCGCCGGAAACGGUAAUCCCAACGUCGAGUUCAGCCCCAAUGUCACCACGCUCAACACGAGCUCCGACGCAUCCCACAUCUACUGGGGCUUCCGCUCGGGCGAGGUCGGCAUGACAACCAUGGCCAGGCAGGGGACCAAUCCACGCGGCGCCAUCAAGAGCAUCCGCUUCACACCUCGCGCCUGCCACGCUGGGCCGGUCAGCGCCAUCGCAAUCCCUUUUGCCAGCGAUAGCGACGGUGCGCAUGGUCCCGGCCGUAGCCCCGAACGCCUCCGACAGGCAAUCGCCUCGCUUGGCGACGUCGCAUCCACGUUCGUCACGGCCGGAUUCGACGGUACCGUGCGCAUGUGGACGUCGAAUCGGUCAUGGCCGCUCUGGAUAGCCUCAUCGGCUACCAAACCUGCCACGAUCGACGGUGUCGCCACGACAACUUCGGCCGCUGCCCCCAUCUGUGCGCUCGCCUACGACGCAAAAGCAGGCAUCGUCGCUGCCGGAAACACCGCGGGCAGGCUGUUCGUGUGGACUCACAUCGACGUCGCUGGCUUGCUGCGCAUUCCUCCCGAGGCAUCUGAUCCGGAGCACCUCCGCAACGGCAAUCCCGAGCCACACACGCUCGAGGCCAACCAAGAGUUUUCUCGCCUGUCGGACGUCGUGCGCCGCACCGUCAUCGAUGUGCCCGUCGGACCAAGCAGCGAGGUGGCUGUGAGCUCGAUCUUCAUCGACGCGUCGCCUCCGUCCACCGCCAAGGGCAUGGAGGAUGUGUCGGAGGCGCACGAGGCUCAGGUCCUGGUGCAUCAUUCGGGCGCACGCGUGCUGCUCCGCCAUCGCAUUCCGCGCGAUGCGUCUCGGGAUGUCGAGACGACCGUGCUCGGAGCGGCGGUCAUGGAUGAAAUCACAGCGAUCCGCCCGGACUUUGAGCCGCGCUUGCCCAAGCGCGACGUUCGCUCCUCCACCGCCCAGAGUCCCGCCACGAGCGUCUAUGCCUCGCCGGUGCUGUCGGCCGCACGGCCCGAAAUGGCGGUGCCGUCGCUGAACAGCGUGGCUCCGACGCUCGUGCUGGGGCCGAGCCCGUUCGACACGUACGCCGGGUCGGGACAGUACGCCGAACGCAAGUACGUCUGCGUAGGCACCAAGACCGGCUCGCUGUUCCUGUUUGACUGGCAGAGCACGGGAACGAUCUUGGACGAGACGACGCAGCAGGAGUGGCAGGGCCAGAGUCCGGCGCGCUUCCGUGGCCAGCGACAGCUGCUGCCGUCGAUUGGAUGGGAGGCGCACCACACCACCAUUAGCGCACUCGAGCUCACGCCGCUGCACAUCUUCGUGGGCGCGUCCGACGGUACGAUCAAGGUGUUCGACUCGCUCGCGGGUGAUCUCAUCCGCACGAUCAACGACCGUACUGCCACGCGGCAUCCGGCCCGCAUGCUGGCCGCGGGCGAAAUGACGGCUUCGGAAGCGGCGCGGUUUCGCGUCACGCAGAUCAUUGCGGACAACGACUGCCUGGUGGCGAGUAUCGGGCACCAGGUGUUGGCGUUCCGUGCGGAGCCGGUGCUGAGCAAGCGCGCUGCGGCAGCAGCAAACGCGGCGGCUAAGAAGGGUGGACGACCCAGGGUGGGAGAGAGCAAGUAUGCGACGCAGGUGGAGCUGAAACGCGACGUGCGCGAGUCGAAGGCCGAGCUGGAAGCGGAGCACGAGGAGCGGCAGGCGGAGUACAGCAAGAUCCGCAGCCGGCAGGGGUUCGAGCUGGAUGGCUUGAGCGAGCAAGAGGCGCUCGAGUAUGCGUUGAUGCUGUCGCGCGAUCAGGAGGCGGCAACGGCGUCGAGUAAAGCCAAGUUCAUGGGUGGCAGUGGGUAUGUGCCGGGGUCGUAUGCUUCGAGCAGCCGAAAGAAGAUCGAGGUUCCAGAGGAGGUGGUGGAUGAUCCCGAGCUCGCCGAUGCGCUCGAGCAGAUCGCACUGGCCGAAUCCAAGGCUGAAGCCCAAGCCGCGGCAAGGUGGGGUAUGUUGGACGACGAGGAUUUUGGUACGGAUGAUCCCGAGCUCGACGAGAUGUAUGUGCGGCCUUCGCCUUCGCCGUCGCCACAUGCCUCGCCGUACCUGAGUGCGGUUUCGCCGCCCUCGCGCGCAUGGACGAUUCUGUCACAGGCCGGCUCCAGUGCUACCACGCCCAACACUGAUCGAUGGGGGAGCAACUCCAAAGUGCGCAUGGUCAAUGUCCCCCGCAGCGCGCGCUUAUCCUCACCCACCCCCGCCGAAGCUUCGAUCGCCUCAAGCCUGGGCAGCAGCAUGGGCGCGCUCAGUCCGCCCGAAUGGCCUGCUAUGCCGCCGUCAAAUCCCGGCUCGCUAUCAGCUUCACCCAGGUUCGGAGAAAGACGCGCUAGUGGCGCUGCUAGUCCAGGUGCGAGGCCAACGCUGCAGCCAAGACCGUCUGCCUGGGCGACCAGGUCACAAGCAGUAGCAACACUCCCACCGACCCAAUCACUCCUCGCAGCAUCGUUACAAACACCUCAGUCCCAGAGUCGAGAUGCAGAUGCACAGCUGCAGCAGGACAUCGAUCUGGCCAUCCAACUCAGUCUCGCCGAGCAAGCGCAGUAA